CAAGAUCUCAUUGUCAAAACAUCAUGCCUCCCUCUACCUUCAAGAGCUCCGUGUCCGUGACACAUAUCACCACCGCCACCGUGCUUCUGGAAAUCAAUGGCGUGGCAUUCCUGACCGAUCCUGUUUUCGGGGAAGCCAAUGUUCCACAUGAAAUCACGCGUCUGUUUCCUCACGCCACUGAGCCAGUUUUCACCAGCAGCACUGAGGGGCCUGCCCUGGGAUUGGACCAGCUCCCUCCCAUCGACGCCGUCCUUCUGAGCCACGAAGAUCACUGCGACAAUCUGGACCCCCAGGGUCGACAGCUGCUCGAUGGCCGCCGGGUGAUCACCACGCCCGACGGGGCCAAGAAUCUCGCGCCGCGCCCCGGAGUCUUCGCCAUCGAAUCGUGGGAGACGCAGACACAUCAUUUCGGAGGGGUCAAAUAUGCAGUGACCGGAACCCCGUGCAUUCAUCUCCCUGGCGGAGAGACAACCGGGUUCGUUCUGCACACCGAGGCAUUUGGCAUCAACGGGGAUGGCCGCCCGAAUGUCAUCUGGAUUCCUGGUGACACCAUCUACUUGGAGGAGUUUACUCAGGUCAAGGAUCGGUUUAAUGUUGUGCUGGCCAUCUUGAACUUGGGGGCGGCCAAGGUCAUGUGGCCGGGACAGGAGGAACCGCUGCAGAUCACCAUGGGGGGCAGCGACGCGGCGCGCUUGAUGCAGGCGGCAGGGGUCGAGACAAUCAUUCCAGUCCACUACGAGUCGUGGCACCACUUCACCGAGCUGGGUGAUGAGCUUCGAAAGGUUCUGGACAAGGCCGGGCUUCUUGAUAAGGUGGUGUGGGUGGAGCCCGGAGUGAAAAGGACCAUUUUUUAACCAUCC